CUCCACUCCCACGGGAUGCGUCGGCUCUGGGGCCCUGGGACGCCCUUCCUCGCCCUGCUUCUGCUGGUUUCCAUCAAGCAAGUUACUACAGGAACUCUCCUUGAGGAGACAGUUCAGAAGUGGGCUCAGUAUAAGGAGACGUGUCUGAAAAACUUGCUCAAGAAACCUUCUGGUGUAUUUUGUAAUGGAACAUUUGAUAAGUACGUGUGCUGGCCUCAUUCUUUUCCUGGAAAUGUCUCUGUUCCCUGUCCUUCAUACUUACCUUGGUGGAAUAAAGAGAGCCCAGGAAGGGCCUACAGACACUGCUUGGCUCAGGGGACUUGGCAGAAGCGAGAGAACUCCACAGAUACUUGGCAGGAUGAGUCAGAAUGCUCAGAGAACCACAGCUUCAAACAAAACGUGGAUCACUAUCACUAUACCUUGCUGUCCACCUUGCAGCUGAUGUACACUGUGGGCUACUCCCUGUCUCUCAUCUCCCUCUCCUUGGCUCUUACACUCUUCUUGUUCCUUCGAAAACUGCACUGCACACGCAAUUACAUCCACAUGAACCUGUUCGCUUCGUUCAUCCUGAGAGCUCUGACUGUCCUUGUGAAGGAUAUGGUCUUCUACAACUCUUACUCCAGGAGGCCUGACAGUGAGAGUGGAUGGAUGUCAUAUCUGUCAGAGGUUUCUGCCUCCUGCCGCUCCGUCCAGGUCCUCCUGCACUACUUUGUGGGCGCCAAUCACUUGUGGCUGCUGGUUGAAGGACUUUACCUCCAUGCUCUGCUGGAGCCAACAGUGCUUCCUGAAAGGGGGCUGUGGCCCAAGUACCUGUUGUUGGGUUGGGCCUUCCCCAUGCUGUUUGUUAUUCCCUGGGUUUUUGCCCGAGCAAGCCUGGAGAAUACAGGGUGCUGGGCAGUAAAUGAGAAUAAGAAAAUCUGGUGGAUCAUCAGAGGACCCAAUCUGCUUUGUGUAACAGUUAAUUUCUUAAUCUUCCUCAAGAUUCUCAAGCUUCUCAUUUCUAAGUUCAGAGCUCAUCAGAUGUGCUUCAGAGACUACAAAUAUAGACUGGCAAAAUCAACACUGCUCCUCAUUCUUUUGAUGGGGGUUCAUGAGUUCCUCUUCACUUUCUUCACCGACGACCAAGUUCAAGGAUUUUCAAGACUUAUUCGUCUCUUCAUCCAGUUGACCCUGAGCUCCUUCCAUGGAUUUCUGGUGGCCUUGCAGUACGGCUUUGCCAGUAGAGAGGUGAAGGCAGAGCUGAGAAAGACCUGGGGCCGCUUCUUAUUAGCUCGCCACUGGGGCUGCAGAGCCUGUGUCCUGGGGAAGAACUUCCGGUUCCUGGGGAAAUGUUCCAAGAAGCUGUCGGAGGGAGAUGGUGCCGAGACACUCCAGAAGCUGCAGUCUUCAGCGUUCGGCUCACACCUGACCGCUGGGACCCUGCGGGAUCAUGGGGCACAGCCUCACAGGGGCCGUGGAGCUUGGCCCCGGGCAAGCAGCCUGUCUGAGAGCAGCGAGGGAGACUUCACCCUGGCCAAUACCAUGGAGGAGAUUCUGGAAGAGAGUGAGAUCUAA